UUAUCGAACCACCACCACUGCGAGCUGUUAUCGAACCACCACCACUGCGAGCUCGAGUCUUGUACUGUCGUCCCAUGUCUUCGCUGCAGCAACUCCCCGCAAUCAACGUCGAUUGGCUUCCACUUUCAAUUAUGCCGAAAACAAACUUACCAGUGUGCUUGCCGCAGGCUCUGCUCGACGAACUCAAACUUCAGGUUGAUCCACCCUUCUACUCCGAGCAGUCGGAAAUCUUCGGGCACGAUGCCAGGAGUUUCCCUAUGCGUCAUUUGAUACUACGACACUACGUCCUCGCACUAGGGGAUCCGUAUUCGACAAUUGACGAAUCAUGGGCUGGUCACAACAACACCGAUUGGUCCCUCCCGCAGGUCAUGCCCAAUGGAAGUGGGAGUACAUACCUCCACCUCGCCGUGCGGAUCUGUGACGUGCCGUUCGUAUACGAAUGCAUACGUCUUGGUGCCGACGUCAACCGUAGGGACGUCAAGGGGCAGACACCGCUGUCAUGCGCCAUGCAAGAGUUGCUUGGUUUCUCACAAGAAGUGGCCGAGCGACAGCGCCACGGUCGGACCGAGGACGAAAGCCUCGUCAUAUCCUCUAUUUCUCGGUUGCGACACAUGGUGAAGAUUCUAGUCGAGCAGCACGCCGAUGUCAAUCUCGUCCCUUACAAGGAGCCGUCGCGCGUUCCCUUCCUCCUUGCUUGGGCAAAUCUAGACUUGGAACUACUUGAUCUGUUUGCUCUCCACGGGACCGCUCCUGAAUGUAUUCGCGCCUGCUCCGAAAAUCUAAGUCCCCUGAUUGAGACGAUGGAUACUUCGGCAAUCGAUCCCGCGAGAGCAUCAGCUUGCAAAGAGCUGGUAGCGCGUUUGGCAUCGAAGACGGAACCACCGGCGCGACCACCGCGUAAAUGCCCGUGCUUCUCGGGAAAACCACUCUCCGAAUGUCACGGAUCGGGCGACCACCCAUAUCCUCCUACGUUCGCAUGCAUUUGCAGGUCGACGAAGACAUAUGCGAACUGCUGCAAGCUCAGAAGUGUCGAACUGGUGGAGAGAUGGGACGAGGAACGGGGGCGUAUGAAAGUCACCCAGCGCAUGAUGGAAGCCGACGGGCAUACAGCAAAGUACAUCUCGUUUGUCACUAUGAACACGGCGAUGUCCGCGAAAUGGCCAGACACGGGAAAGAAGAAGUCCUCAGAGCUCGUGCUCAUGGCCGUCGAGCAUAACGACACCGAAAGCGUCGAGAAAGCUGACCCAGCUUUCCGGUGUGCGGUGAUCCAGUUUGAAUUUUUGCCUAUGCCGGAGGGGGAAUGGCAUCCGAGGGCUGCAGGCAAGUACUACAGCUCCGGUUGGAAUGAUCGUGUCGACGAUUACAUCGCAUCCGGCCAAGACACUCGGAGUGUACUCACAAUCGAACGGGCGGCCAAGCUGGAUCCCCUUUUCCAACCCCUCUGGAAGAGAUGUGAAGCGUCCGGGUGUACGACGGUAGAGCGUCCGGGGCUCAAGAUGAAACGCUGCCACGGUUGUCAGAGGAUAUAUUACUGCGGGGCGCCGUGCCAGAAAGCACAUUGGCGGGCGCACAAGGAUGCAUGCAAGAGAGGAGACCAUCCGCUGCAGAUGUUGCGAUCGCAGAGGAUCUACUCAACUACUCUCAAUGAGGUCAUCAAGCCUGCGCAAGAGCGGUUGCUGCAGGGCUCGGAAUCGACGAAUUCUGCAGAGUCUGAUGGACCUGCUUUGUGACGUUGCGCCGACUGUACUGCUAGUGUUGUACGAAGGAUUCGGAGUCGUGCUGGCAGCCGUUGAAUCCAUCAUCAAUCAUCGACUUGGGGGGAUCAGUAAGAUUUGCGCAGCCAGUGGCAAUCGUCACGGUACGCAGUGCAGCUCAAGGACUCGCGUUGUACAGCACCAAGGACCGUAUGCAAUCUCAUGUAGUAGCCAUCAUGAUGAGUUUGGUCAGACUUGCAGAGGUUAAGUUACGCCUCUGGCCCGGGUGCGUUAAUACUGCAUGUUGAUAUG